AUGCACUUCGCGCUCCCUCCGCGCAAGACCUCCCAUCCUCCUCCAUAUGCACGAUACGCUCCCACUGCAUCCACCCCUCAACGACGGCGCAAGCAAUUACAACUUCUCGGCUUCGUAGUGCUAGGACUACUGGCCCUGUCCCUGGGCCUAAAGUUCAUUCUUUCCGGCUCCGCGGAAGAUCCCGACGAUGGUCCGAGUGCAAUUGAAGGCCGUCAAGAUAUCGUCCUCGUUACCGUCUUUGACCACGAGUCAAUGAGCGAAGACUACAUGCGAAUGGUCAGAGCGAACCGAGACCAUUACGCCACUCGACAUGGAUACAAGAAUUUCUACACAAAUAUAUCCAGAUACUCGCCCCUGGUCGACCCUGCUCCCUCGUCGUGGUCGGUCAUCCCAGCCCUCCGUCAUGCCUUGACAGAACAUUCGUCAAGUAUUUUCUUCUGGUCCCUGUCUGCAGAUGCACUGAUAACCAAUCCUUCACUAUCGCUCGAGUCUCACAUUCUACAACCACUUGACUCUCUAAUGCGGAAAGAUGUCCCGGUUGUUCCACCUGAUUCGGUCAUUCAUACAUUUUCAUACCUCAAACCCUCUCGCACACACCUCAUCCUUUCUCAAGACGUGGAUAACCUUGCACACACCUCAUUAAUCCUCCGCAACACACCAUUUACGCCUAGCACGGCGGACAAUUGGGCCCACUUCUUCCUCGAUGCAUGGUUCGACCCAUUAUAUCGCGCCUACGCGUUCCAGAAGGCAGAGAAUCACGCCCUUGAACAUCUCGUCCAAUGGCACCCGACCAUCUUAGCCAAGCUGGUCUUGAUUGAACAGCGGAAGAUCAACUCAUACAAUUUCGCUACUCCCCCGACUCGAGAUCCAUUGACAGGCGAAACUCGCACUCACGAUAGUAUGUGGCAAGAGGGAGACUUUGUUGUGAAUUUGAAAGGAUGCAGGGAGAGUGAAAAGCGUGACUGUGAAGAGGAGAUGCUGCAUUACUUUUCUCGGUGGGAGAGGGAGGUCGAACGGCUGGAAGGAAAGAAACCAGACCAUAGCGUGCGGCCUCCAAAGCCUCCGAAACAACCAACGAGAGAAGGGAAUAGAAAACAAGGUGACGGGAAAUCAUGA